UUGGCACAAAUCGCAACGUUAAUACUUGUCGUAAAUUCUGUCACGGCCAAUUUACUGGAAAAACUUACAGAAAUGGCUUUAACAGAAGAAACCUCAAGACAGGAAAGAACAGAGGAUAUUUUGUCGAUGGGGCAAUACUUCCAAGACAUAUUUUCGGAACAUCUGGCACCUCUUAAAGUUGAAUUUGGUCAUGUCUGUGAGAAUCCUACUGAAUGGGAACAAAGAUUCGAACGAAAAGAUUUUGACAAUAAUCGUUAUAGCGGCAAGGUGAAAUGGGGUAACAAAAAUGGAGAGUACGGCGAACAGUAUUGGGACUUGAAUCAUUAACUUUGGUAGAGGCUAAAUAUUAAUAAACAAACAUGGAUAAU